GUGUUUGUACGAAUUUCUCCUCUAUCUCUCUCUCACACACACACGCACACAUUUCUCGAGCACGAAGAACAGAGAUGGGGAAAGGUCCAGGUCUCUAUCCCGAUAUCGGCAAAAAAGCCAGAGAUCUUCUUUACAAGGAUUACCAGAGCGACCAUAAAUUUUCUCUCACAACUUAUACCGUGAACGGUGUUUCAAUUACCUCAUCAGGAGCCAAGAAAGGUGAGCUGUUUUUGGCUGAUGUCAACACCAAACUGAUCAACAAAAACAUUACAACUGAUGUUAAAGUGGACACAAACUCUAAGGUUUUCACGACUAUCACUAUUGAUGAACCUGCACCUGGACUGAAGACAAUCUUCAGUUUUGUCGUUCCUGAUCAGCGAUCUGGCAAGGUUGAACUUCAAUACUUGCACGAGCAUGCGGGAAUCAGUACCAGCAUUGGUUUGACAGCUAGCCCCAUUGUCAACUUCUCUGGUGUGGCAGGGAACAACACAGUUGCCCUCGGGACUGACAUUUCCUUCGAUACUGCUACCGGGAAUUUCACCAAGUACAAUGCUGGCCUGAGUUUCUCCACUUCUGAUCUCAUUGCAUCCGUUACACUGAAUGAUAAAGCGGACACGCUUACUGCUUCCUACUACCACACGGUGAGCCUGCUAACCAAUACCGUUGUGGGAGCGGAGUUGAGCCACGGGUUCUCGAGCAACGAAAACUCAUUGAUAAUUGGGACACAACACGCACUGGACCCAUUGACGACGGUGAAGGGUCGGGUGAACAACUUUGGCAUAGCAAGCGCUCUCCUCCAACACGAAUGGCGGCCGAAAUCGUUUUUCACCAUCUCAGGAGAAGUAGACACAAGAGCAAUUGAAAAGAGUGCAAAGGUGGGUCUAGCACUUGCUCUUAAGCCUUGAAGUGAAAAAAAAGGUCUCUUUUGUGAGCUUAUUAUGGUUGUAUGAGAAAUAAAGGUAAGUAAAAAAAAAAGAGUCUUUGGUCUUGUUUUUUACUGUUAGGUUUACUUUUGCUACUUGGUGGUGUUUUGUAAGUUGUAGAGCAUCAUAGGUUGUUGGAAAUGGAGAAAAAUUCAGAUUUUUGGAGUUUUCAA